AUGAGGCGUGGGCUGACUGUCGUUGCGCUCUCGUGGUUCGCCACUGUUCAGCCGCUGAGCUCUUGCCAGCCGCGGUGGAAGAGCUGCACACCGGCGGAGGAGCUGCAGCGCAGGGUGGGGCAGCUCGUCGGCAAGGGUGAUGUGGAGCAGGUGGCGCGCGAGCUUCGCGCUGGCCUGGAAAAGUCCGUCUUCUCAAUGAAGGCUUUCGCGAGUGCCCUCUUCUUAUGUGAGCAGACACACAAUGAGACCAUGGGCAUCGAGCUCGUGCGCCAAGUGCAAGCCUCGCAGCUGGUGCCGGCGUGGACCGACGAGAGUGUGCUCGCGGUGAUUCUUCGCCUGCAGUGCGCCGUCGGUGAUGCUGCUGCAGCAAUACAGAUGUUCUCCUUCAUGGCCUCCGCGAGGUUUCUGCGCCUGCGAAGCGCCUCGGUGUUUCUGGCUUUCUGCUGCCAGCGUGGGGAUCGCCGUAUGGCCUUUGCCGUGUACGAGGAGGCGCUGCGGCACGGCAUCGAGUUGCGCGCGGCCGACUAUAUCAGCCUCGGGCGCCUCUGCGUGGCGGUGGGUGAGCCGGUGUCGACGCUGCACUUCAUGCUGCGCGAGAUGCAGGAGCACGUCAUGGGCGUGCCGCACACGAUGGUGAGGGAAGUGCUGCGUCCAUGGGCGGCGGCAGCAGCAGCAGCAGUAGGAGGGACGGGGCUGUGUGUCACGGAGGUAUGUCUCCCACGCGACAGUGCGGGGACCUGCCCGUGCUGCGGCGACGCGCUGAGAGGCCACCGCUUUACCACUGCGCAGAAGACGCGGCUCCUGCACGACGUGAUAGAGGUGGCAAUGAUGCCGCGGCGUGGCAAGAGUGACAACAACAACAUCACGCGUCUACGUACCGCCUUUGAGGCGUGGAGGCGGUUUGUCGCCACGCACGGCUCCCGCAUCGACGUCUUGAUUGACGGCGCCAACCUCGGAUACUACGGCCUGAGCAGCUGGUAUGAGGAUGCGAAGCGGGCGCUGCUGCUGCAACGCGGUAGGCGGGCAGAGAGCAUCACGGCGAAGGACGUUGCGUGGUCGAAGCACCGCUCUGUGGACGUCACAGUGAACUUCCACCUCAUCGAUCUCGCGGUGCAAGAGGCACGGCGCCGCGGCAUGCGGCCGCUUGUCAUUUUGCACGAGCGGCACUGUGAGGCGAGGAACAUAACGACAGACAACGCCGCGGUGGCGGCUCAGUGGCGCCGCGACGGUCUUCUCUAUUGCACGCCGAGCGGCCUCAAUGACGACCUCUGCUGGCUCUACGCGGCGCUGGAGCUCACCACGCCGACGGACGCUGCUGCUGGCACAGUUGAGAAGACGGUGUGGGUGCUGACAAACGACAUGAUGCGGGAUCACCACUUCAGGCUGCUGAGCCCCCGCUUCUUCGCUCGUUGGCGGGAUCGGCACCGCAUCGCGUUCAAGUGCUCACGUGAGGACAACCGCACGCUUCUGCACUGGGAGUUGCCGGCACCGUACGCGCGUUGCAUACAGGAGCUGAGGCCACUCACGUGGCACAUCCCCAUCACCGAGGAGGAUGCUGAAGAGGAGGUGGUGGAGGCGAGCAAGCAACAGCAACAACAAGAGCAGCCGAAGCAAGGGGAGGAUGAGAAUGCGGCACUGACUGUGCUCUCUCAGCGCUGGGUUUGUCUCCGUUAG